GAGAUGGCAUUAGCUAGAGUUCUGCCUGGGAGACGUCAUUAUAAAAAUCCGACCCACAGUAUGAUCAAAGUCAUAAUUUGGAUAGCAAGCUCGUUCUAGUCAGUGCUGCAUCCAUAGUCGGACACGACGAUUGCAGAGAGUGUAGAGAUAAAAUGUCUUGUGUCGAAGAUUUUCAAAGAUGGCUCAAAGAAGUGAUGCGGAAAGUUAUCGAGAAUCUCGGAUCGAACGUCGAGGAAGCUCAAUACGAGUUAUCCGAAAGCACCGAUGUUUUUAUGUCCUCAUUGUAUCACGUAUGCGUGAAAUUUAAAAAUAAGACGAAAGAAGGACAGAGCGAGGAAGUAUUCAUAGUACUAAAGAGACCUACGCAGAUAGAAAUACACAGACAGAUGGUUCUCAUCGAUCCUCAGUUCCACAACGAGAUUUUAUUCUAUCGGACUUACGCCAGGCCAGACGAGAACUUUCCGAGAUGCUUCUACACCGACGAACGGCCGCCCAACGAUUCGGUGAUCGCCUUGGAAAAUGUCAACAAACGAGGAUAUUCUCCUUGUCCGUAUGUGUUUAACGCUCCUCUGGAGUACAUCUUAGCGGCGAUGCGUGAGAUAGCACGAUUCCACGGCAAGGGUUACGUCAUGAAAGAGCAACAGCGCGAAAAAUUUUUCGAUAUCGUGACGCAUCUUCAAGAAAGUAGAAUCAAUACGCCAUUGGAUGAUAAAUCAAGAUUUACUAUCAACUCUUGCGCGACCCGGGCAGUGGAAUAUCUUCGUAAUGAAGGACACGACGCAGUCUUUUGUGAUAAAAUGGAAUCUUUCCUCUCUAAUGCGUUCGAUGCAAUAAUGAAGAAAAUAAUGGAGCCAAUGGAACCUUUGUCUACGCUAUGUCAUGGUGAUUUUACAUUGAGCAAUAAUCUUUUUAAGAUGGAAGACGAUGGACAGCUACGAGCAAUGUUGAUCGACUUCGCGCUUUUGAGAUACUCGACUCCCGUCGUCGAUCUCUCCACGUUUCUCUGUCUCGGUUGUUCGAAUGAAAUCAGAAAGGAUAACUUUUUCGAGAUCAUGCGAACCUAUCACGACACGCUGAAGAAGUAUUUGUUGGACGCUGGCAUACAGGACAUCGAGAAAUAUUCGUAUGAUGCUUUGCAGGAUGAUUACAAGAAGGGUGUCCUCUUCGGUUUCCUUAUCGCAUCCUUCUUUUUAGCGAAUUUAAUGGGAUAUAUUAAUGUAAAAAUUUUUGAAGAACAUAAAGAAAUGGAAAAUAUGGAUGUAAUAGCCGAGCAUGUAAAAGACUGCAAGGAAGCUGGCGGAGAAAAAGUAUCCAAAAUAUUAGCUGAUAUGUUAUUGGAAUUUAAAGAUUUUGGUUUUUUGGAACAUAUCUUAUAAAUGUGUGUUUUUUUACAUAAUAAUAUAUAUUUGUAUAUCUGUAUCAUCAAUUAGUGGCUGUGAUGUAAAAAUAUGAAAAUUUUUUAAAUAAUUAAUUGUGCGUCACAGGAGUAUAAAUAAAUAUAAAAGAACUAUAGGUUACAAGCACACAUAGAUAAAGACUAUAGUAAUAUUAUUUCAUAAAAUCAUAUGAUGUAAUUUAAAUAAUUAUUAAUUUAAAUGAAUAAUUCAGAUAAUUUUUGAAUCACAAUUAUGAAAAAAAAAUAUUUGAAUUUCAUUAUCAAUUUAUUUUAUUAGAUCAGAAAAUUUUAAACAAUUACUUGUACACACUCAAGCGUAACUUUUAUCAGAUAAAUUGUAAAGGGAGUCGAUUAAAAAAUUAUUGCGUACAGAUCGUGAAUUUUGCUGAACGAACAUAUGCGUAAAUAUUGCGGAAAUGAAACAGCGUGGAUAUAAGAAUCGGAUUAAAACUGAAGUCCGUCUGUAUACACAUAUACAUGCGACACUAAAAAAAGAUGCGGUAUUGCCCGGAAUAUCCUCGUACACAUUGGGGAUGAAAUUAUUCUUUCGCCUGCACAAGUCCGGAUCUGCCUUUCAAAUAAAGAAGCGUCCCGCGUAACCACUAGAGAAUAACUUUGUCAUUUUUAUAUAUUUUUCCAAGCUAGCAGCAGCAUUUAUCACAAAAUUCACUUAUGCCGCACACUAUCCUAGGUUCGCGUACAAUCGAAUUUUUCCAAUAAUAAAGUAUUUCCUUGAUAUAAAAAAGUAUUAAGCGAGACAGAGAAACAACAUAUCACAAGUUACAGUCUCAUAAAGUAAAUUUAUUCGUAAUAACUCGUAUAAUACUACUUCUCUAUAUAUGUAUAGAUAGUCCCUUUCUUUCUCCAUUUCUAUUCAGAUUUAAAAAAAUAUUUUUAAAACUAAAAAAUAUAGACAUAUAUAUACAUGUGGUAGAGAAAUUCAUUUGUGAAGAGAAAAUUUGUUUUAUAUACGUUAUCAGAUUUAUCAUGAUAUUUCUGUGAUAACACUCUAGAGAGUUGCAUAAUAUUUUUAUUAUGAGAAAAAAAUUCUACAAGUGUGAUUGCGCAGAUGCAAGAUUUGAUGAAUCAUUUAUACUUUGCGCUAUUAGGCAGCUAUUUUACUUAAUAAAAUUUCAGUAUUCUACAAAUAUUUUGAAGAAAUUAAUGUAUACUAAUAAAACGUAAAUAAUAAAUACGUAA